AGCUGGCUCUCUAGUCAGCUGUCGUUUAUUUUAGGGGGGUGGGGGAACAGCUAACAGCGCUUCCAUACAACACACUAACAUAAAAGUUGUUGGAAAGCUAACACACCUUACCGCCGUUGUUCGUCGACGUUGCUGUCAUCGCCGCUGUCAUCGCCGUUGUCAUCGCCGCUGUCAUCGCCGCUGUUGUAAUCCCGGUCAUUAUUAACUCCGUCGUAGUAAAUUUUUAUUAUUUUUUGAUAUUGUUUAUUUUUUUUUUUUCUGUUUAUCUUCAUCGUUUUUUAGUCGUUAUUAUUACUUUCCAUAACGACGUCUUCAUCGUCAUCGUCAUCGUCAGCAUCGUCGUCGUCGUCGUCGUCGUCGUCGUCGUCAUCGUCAACAUCAUCAUCAUCGCCGUCGUCAUCGUCGUCAUCGUCAUCGUCUUCUUCAUCGUCGUCGUCGUCGUCGUCGUCGUCUUCAUCUUCAUCAUCGUCGUCCUCAUCGCCGUCAUCGUCUUCGUCAUCAUCAUCGCUUUCCUCAACGCGGUGGUCACCUGCUCACCGUUGCCCUUUUCAUCGUCGUCAUUUACGCCGCCAUCAUUGUCAACAUCGCCGUCAUCACAUCACCAGCGCUGUCGUUGUUAUCAUCUCUGUCACUGUCAUCAUCAGUCUCUUCCGCAACAACAACAACAACAACAACAACAACAACAACAACAACAACAGCGACGAUGACACAACACCGACGAGCACCAAACGAGAGUGAAAACGGCAACAACAACAACAACAACAACAACAACAACAUCGACAAUGACAAUGACAAUAACAACAUCAUCGACAAGUAGUGACAAGUGAAAUGUUUGAAAUGUUGGAAAGACGUAGAACAACAAGAAGAAGAAGAACAACAACAACAUCGGAUGAACGAUAAAGUAGAAUUAUCGGCGUCAACAUUAUUAACGUUAUGAAAAUUAUCAGCAAUUAAUAAGAGAAGGAAGGAAGGAAGAAGUGAAACGAGGAAGGAGUGACGGAGGAAGAAAAAAACAAAAAAAAGAGAAAAGAGAAAAGAAACAGAGAAAGAAAAAAAAAAGAACUUGGAAAAUGUGAGAAGCAUGAGGGAGAGAGGGAUAGGGAGAGAGAUGGAGAAAGAGAGAGAGAGAGAGAGAGAGAGAGAGAGAGAGUGGAGGCAGAUGAGGUAAGAUGAAAGAAACGAAAAAAAAAAAGAAAAGAAUUAUGGGAGAGUUGAAAGUGUAAAAAAAAAGUGUGUUUAAGGGGAUAGAGAGAAAGAGAGAAAAACAAAGAAGAAAACAGCUUUUUAAACAAAAAUAUGAAAAAAUAAAAAACGAAAUACUAAUACUAACAACACAAACAGCAUUUAUAUCAACAAUAGCAUAUCAACAACAACAGCUACAACAACAAUAGUAGAAGGACAAGAAAAGCACAUGAUUAGAACUACAGGUUUUUAUUUGGGUGCCGUAACUGAAUAUAUGAAUACUAGCACCAUUUUAAUGAGAAUCUAUCCUCGCUCCUCUACAUCAAGAAACCAUCUUAAAUUUCUAGUAGACACUGUAAAAUAUAAAACAUAAAUAAUGUGGAAAACCGCUCUGUUGACUUCCAGCUCAAGAUGAACUAGUAUGGAACAAUGCUGAAAUGUUCCACAGCCUUCUUAUCGACACGAUAUUUCAAAAGAAAAUAUUUCCGCUCAGCAUAAACUUUUUGAAUCCAAAACUCUUGGAGAGGGAAGUGAACACGUCUAAUCAUCCUCAACACAAAAUCAACAGCAACAAACGACAACUAUUACAAUAGUGAUAACGACUAAACUACAUUUGAACAAAAGAGGAUAGAAUAAAAUGCGAAUUUCCUUGAAAACAUAGCAACGUAGAAAUCCACAAAACAGAGAGUAGAAAUUGGAAAAGAGCUGAGAGUUGAGUAUUCAAUAGUAAGCAAACGUUAGAUGUGAUAGCAUAGAAUUGAAUUCCAGUUUCCGUAACUAAAUUCAAGAAGGCUAUAACGUUCAUGUGUAUUGCUUGAAACACGUCGAAUUUAUGCUACGAGGUUAAAAAAAUUAUCGACUUUGUGCCGCGUUAAUGAAUGAAUCGCUACGCAGUCGUUCGACCCGCUAGAAAUAGCUAACAAAUCCCCCUCAAAUCCCGCUUUUCUGUCAUAAAUAGAAAAGAAUACAUUGGAUGAUAACUUCUCUGGUGUACAAAAAUGCAAGAUGGUCGCAGCUGGAACGCAUUUGAUCCCAGAUCUUCUGGACGAGAGCUGACAUUGAACCAAUAUUCUUCUGGCUACCAUAGUAUGCCUUCGGGAAAUGUAGUAUCUGGCUGGACAUUUUUUCUCGCGUUUGGCAAUGAUGUGGAUAGACACAACAACACAGUUUCGAAGAAAAUACUCCGAGACAAACAACAGAUGUGCCUAAAAGAGAAUCUUCACAAGCUGCCUAUGAAACUUCUUCUCACAAACACUUCAUUCCAUAUAUUCGUUCUCAUCUGUAAAACCUCAAUCCAAGAGACUGCCAAAAAGACCAGCACAAUAUUUUAAAUAGGAGAGAAGUUUGCCCAUCUGUCGGCUUGAAUAUAUCCUGUUUCAUACUAGGGACACCCCUUUUUUCAAAUAAAGGGAAAGAAAAUAUACAACAAAGUUUUAAGAAAUGCUAUUUUCUCGACAAGAACUCUGACAAGUUUCAAAAUGAUGUCAAAUAAUCUUUCAAAUUAUUUCUUUUAUUAUUAUAUUUUUUUCAUUUCUUUUCUACUUCUAUUUCCGUUGAAUCGCGAAUUUUAUUUAAUCUGGAGGGAUUCUGUAUUUAUUUAUAUAUAAAUAUAUUUUACAAAAAAUGAAAGACUGAAAAACAGCAUAUAAAUAUUUUAAUAAAACUUUUAUUCUCGGA